GUGACUCGACAGAGGCCCCAGGAGCCGGCCGCGUGACCAGGAGUGGAAGACAAGGGACAGCUGAGGCGCGAGGUCACCGGACCCGAGAGGCACAGAGGAGACUCAGCGGACGGGCGGGCCGAGGAGGGAGACAGGGGAGCUGGGGGAGGCAGGAGGCUCCCGGCUCAGGUGCCUGUCCCCUGUCUGCCCGCCUGCCCGCCUGUGCGGGUCCUGCCACCUCCCUCCACAUGGCCUCCAAGCCUGUGGCCGGCAGGGGCCCGGGGGCGAAGCGCAAGAGGGUGGUGCUGACGCUGAAGGAGAAGAUGGACAUCUGUGCGCGCCUGGAGAAGGGCGAGAGCCGCAAGGCGCUGAUGCAGGAGUACAACGUGGGCAUGUCCACGCUGUACGACAUCAAGGCCCACCAGGCGCGGCUGCUGCGCUUCUUCGCCAGCUCCGCUUCCAACAAGGCGCUGGAGCGGCGCCGCACCCUGCACACGCCCAAGCUGGAGCACCUGGACCGGGUGCUGUACGAGUGGUUCCUGGGCAGGCGCGCCGAGGGCGUGCCGGUCUCGGGCCCCAUGCUCAUCGAGAAGGCCAAGGACUUCUACGCGCAGAUGCAGCUCACCGAGCCCUGCGUGUUCUCCGGCGGCUGGCUGUGGCGCUUUAAGGCCCGACACGGCAUUAAGAAGCUGGACGCGUCCGGGGAAAAGCAGGCGGCCGACCGCCAGGCGGCGGAGCGGUUCUGUGGGUUCUUCCGCAGCCUGGCCGCGGAGCACGGCCUGACGCCGGAGCAGGUGUACAACGCCGACGAGACCGGCCUCUCCUGGCAGUGCGGGCCGGGCCCCGAGGGCGGGCCGGCGCCCGGGGGCAGGCAGGGCAGGGACAGGCUGACGGUCCUCAUGUGCGCCAACGCCACGGGCUCCCACAGGAUCAAGCCCUUGGUGCUCGGGAAAGGUGGCGGCCCCCGGGCUCCCAAGAGCACCCAGCACUUGCCCGUGGCCUCCCGGGCUCAUGGGCACGCGUGGGCCGACAGGGCGGUCUUCUCGGACUGGUUCCGCCACAUCUUCGCCCCCUCGGUGAGGGAGCACUUCCGGGCCCUGGGCCUGCCCGAGGGCAGCAAAGCCGUCCUGCUGCUGGACGGCGCCCGCGCCCGCCCGCCGGAGCCGGAGCUGGCCUGCGGCAACAUCCGCACCGUCUUCCUGCCCGCCGGCGCCGCCGCGCUGCUGCAGCCCAUGGACCGGGGCAUCCGCCGCGGCUUCCUGCGGCGCUUCCUCGGCCCCCCGGCCGCGCCGCAGGGCUCGCCCCCGCGCGCAGGCGCGAACGACGCCCUCUGCAGCGUGGCCUGCGCCUGGGACGCCGUGCCCGGCGCCGUCUUCAGCCGGGCCUGGAGGAAGCUGUGGCCCGCCGCCGCGCUGGCCGAGGGCUCGUCCUCCGAGGAGGAGCCGGAGCGCCUCGGGGCCAGGCCGCACGACCAGACUUUCGCGCACGUCCUGGAGCUCGGGAGGGAGGCCCGGUCCCGGCUCCCCGGGAGCGUGGUCGCCGAGCAGGCGGGGCCGGGGGCCGGAGCGGGGUGCGCGGCCCAGGGCCAGCCGGAGCAGGCCCAGAAGGACGGCCAGGCCGCAGCCCCCAGGGAGGGCGAGGAGGCGGCCUGGGAGCAGGCCGCCGUGGCCUUCGACGCGGUGCUGCGCUUCGCCGAGGGGCAGCCGUGCUUCACGGCGCAGGAGCUGGGGCAGCUGCGUGCGCUGCGUGCCGUGUUCCUGCGGCAGCGGCAGGGGUGGCAGCGGCGGCCCGCCCUCAGGGCUGUGGUCAAGCUCGAAGGCCCCCAGGAGCGUGGGGGGGGCUGUGCCACCGUGGGCCCCGCCCCGUGCACCACGGGCGAGGACUGAUGGCGCCCAGCGGGGUGGCUGAGGGGU